AUGAAUGUCGAGCCAGGAUUUAAGAAAUAUUAUGACCGGGUAACGAUUUCGAAGGCUCUAUCGGAUUACAUUCCUGCACCGCUCUGCGAACACUUCGAUAAGUCGAUUUUUGAUGCAAAAAAACUAAAAUGUUCCAAAGAAACCAUCAGAAAGACACUGCAGACUGUGCUGGAUAAUUCGAAUAAGCAACUUAAACAAUACGGAAACUGUGACGAUUUGUUGGAGAAUUUGAACAUUUAUAUGAAUUUUCCAUUAAACUAUAAACGAUUCGGAGAUCCAGAAAAGGAUCUAUUCGAGGAUAUAAAAAGUGAUAAAAAGCCUUAUCAAUUCAAAAGUCUCAAAGGAUCAUUAUUCGUUUUGAAACAGGAUUUUCUGCUUCAUUUGCGUAUGCAAGUCUUUACGAAUUUUAUGAAAACGAUGUAUCAGCCGGCUCCAGAAGUGAUGGAAUUUAUGAUUAAAAACGAACGCCCACUUAAUAAUUGCUGUGAAUUCAUUCGACACGAUGAGGAUUUAUUCACUGAAAUCCAUAAAAGAGCGAAAGAACUUAAAGGAAAUUCUUGUUUUGAACUUGACGAGUUUAUCGAUAUUCUGCAUCCGUUAAUGCCGAUUAUGAAUGAUAGAAAACAGAACGAAGAGGCGAAUUCAGAGUCAGAAACGACCAAAAGUGGUUUGGAGUUCAUGCAGGGAAUCAUCGAUUCGUAUCCAUAUGUAUUCCGCCCCAACUCUGAAAUUAACUCUCCGGAUGUUCCGAUUGUUGUCAGAAUCUUUGAGGACGGUGAUCAUAAGUUUGUAAUGAAAUCGGAACUUUUCAAGGACAGCCGAGUGAAAAAUUCAGACGAGAAAAUUCAAAAACUGAAAGAUGAAAAUGGCAUAUUGUGGGCUGUUGAUUAUGAGGAAGUCGUCCAGAAAUUCAAAGAUCAAAUCGAUCAAAUUGAGUUUAUCAGUGUCCCAAUUCAAAGAGCGAAACAUGCAGCUGUCCCCAUUGUGACACCUUCUGGAGAUCAUUGUAUUCUUGCUUCGGACGCCGUUUAUGAACUUCUUCGUCGAUUGAUUUCUGCGCUGAAAGUAUUCCAGAAUUUUAAUAAAGACAGAUGGCAAAUGGUCACCCAUUAUAUGAAUUUUCUCAGUUCGAAAAUCGAUUUGGAGGCUACCAACAGAUUCUUUAUCUCGACUACCUUUUUCGACAAAAUAAAAGAAGAAACUGACAAUUAUUGGUUGAAGAGAAGUCGUGGGAAUAGCAAGAAGAAUCAACGAGUCACAUCGCCAAGACUAGUGAGAGAUGUUGGAAAACUCGGAUUUUCACUGGAAUUUCUGAAAGAAGAGCUGAAAUUGUUGGGGUUGACUAAAGCUUUCCCCGACGUUCUCGAUUAUGCCGAACUAUCGUAUUCUCUAGUUUUCAAUCAAAGAAAAUAUCAGUUCUUGAGAACAUGUGACCUGAUUGAUGCGGUGGAACACUGCCAACUUGCUUGUGUUAUCAAGAAGUUUCCUAAGUUGAGCGAAUUCCUGCGUAAUCAGAAAAUGUGUUCCAAUUUGUCAGAUCGAUACGAUUAUCUCGAUGAUAAAUCGAAAAAGGAAAGUAAUAUCGAAAAAUCCACAGAAGAUACGAAUAAAAUUGAAGAAACGGAGACUGUGGAUUCUGCUGGGAUCGCUGACGGAGAGAGCGAAGAAGUACCCAUCGAUAGGAUAAAAGAUUCAGAAGCCUCCAUUGAAACUUCAGAAGGAAAGAACGAGGAUUCUGUAACUAUUCCUGAAAACGAAAACUCCGAUUUCCGAAGUUUGAAAGAACCGGAGAAGGAAGAAGUUACUGAACAGAAAAAUGAAAUUGAAUCAACUGGUCAGAACAGCGAAAGUACAGAAUCAAAUGAAUCGACAAGCUGUCUGGAAUGUCUGAAAAUGAAAGAAAUGCGAGAAGAACUCGAGAUAAGUUUAGAAAAGAUCCGAAUCGAAGAAUUGACUCAUGAGAAGAUUCUCGAGAAUCGGGCACUGGAGAAGAUGAAGGAGAGUAUAAAUGCGGAAUUAGAGAAACUGCGAUUGAUGAAUAAUCGAAUUCAAUCGAUUGAGGAAAACAAACUUAAAGAAAUCGAUCGGAUGCGAGUUGAGAUUGAGAAAAAGAAUGCGGUGUGUGAAGAAUUAAGAGAAAAGUGGCUGGACUGUUCAAACACAAUGAAGAGAUCUGAGGAAAGGGAGAGUGUUAUCAGGGAAACCGUGAAAAGAAUUGAAAAGUUAGAGACUGGUCUGAAGGAACUCGAUGAUGAAAGAGAACAAAUGAAACGAAAUAAUGCGAAACUUCUCAAAAGGAAGGAGAAGGAAAUUGAGACGCUCAUAACAAAUGCAGCGAAUUCGAGAGAAGAGAAAAGAAAGUUGAAGCUGGAAAACAAGGAAAUGAAGAGAAAGUUGGAGCAAGAAAUUCAGAGUUCUCAACAGAAAUUCGAUCAAUAUCAGACUGAAUUGAAUCGAUUGAAAAUUGAAAUUUCGGAGAAAAAUCGAGUAAUUGAAGAGCUGAAAAAAGAGAAUUCAGAGUUGAUUUCAGAUCAAGAAGUUUCUAGAAAAGAACUUGACGACACGAUGUCUCGAAUUUCAAUUUAUCAAGAGAAACAUGCGAAAAUCUUUCGAGAACUUCUUGGAGGAUCAACAACUUCUAUGGCUACGUCUUCUGAAUCUUCUACUUCUAAAAAGAUGCCAAGUCCAUUCGAAAUACAGAUGAAUAGUUUCCAGAGAAUUAAGGAUUCAAUAGACAUCAAUAAUUCAUUGAAACUAGCGAAAGAGAUGGUUGAAAAAUUGAUCUCCGUCUCAAAUCGUCCGGAAAUCCAUCAAUUCGCCAACUAUGAAUUCCAGCAGUAUGAGGGAAAAAUCAGAAAUUACAGUCAAGCUGUGGAGCUGAAUAUUCACAAUUUGAAGAAAUCCAGUGACAUCUCCUCCAUCUGUCCACUUCCAGAAUUCCCUUCUUUUUCCGAUAAAUUUAUGACAGAAUAUUGGACUGAAAUCGACAAGAAACCAUCGAUAGAACUGUCAGAUUCUGAGUGUUACAUCUGUUUUUCUGAAAUGAAAUCAGAUGAGAAAACACUCGAAUGUGAGCACUGUAAGAAGAUCACUCAUUUGGAGUGCGCAUCGAAAUGGCUUCAAAUUCAUCGAUCAUGUGGUCAUUGUCGUCAGAAGCAGCUAGAUCCUAACGAAUUUCCAACACUUUCAUAA